GGUAUUAAUCGGCGGUGUCUUUCUUUUUGUAGCGAUAUGCAAUAACUUUUCAACGUUUAAUUGGGAGUUUCAACUUUAACAGGGAAAAAAAAAAAUCACAAAAUGAAUUUUACAUAUAUGUCAACAACAGCGCCAUGACGCUUCCCAAAACAUCUGCUCAAGGGAAACCAAAACUAGAUUAUUUACGGUUUGUUUACCAACCUAGAGGCACGAAGCUAGUUAGCAGAUUGUGCGAUGUAUGGCUGUAUACCAUCUUCUAAGAUUUACUCAAUUACUGAAGAAAGGACUGCCUAAGAAACAAGCCUGGACAAAGCCUCCAAACACAUCACUUGUGGUGUCAGCUCAGGCUUUUUUAAUGACAGCGCUGCUGGACUUUGAACCUUUGGCAAAGAGAUUCAGUGUUGAAACAAGUUCAUCAGUCCCCUCACGCUCAUGUACAGGUAUUCACAGAAAAAGCAAUGAAAGAGUUGAUCCAGUAAUAAGGAAAGACAUAUAUGAGAAAAAGAUGGAUACAAAACCAAAGUCUGGAAAUGAUGGUUUGCGAGGUGUAAAGACAAAAGGUCAGCAUCAAAGAAUGGGCAUAAAACAACAACAGAAGUUCAAGAACACUCUCCAGCGAUGGCUGGUUAAGCCUUCAAAAACCUCAGACACAACACAAGUGGAUGUAGAAAUGGCUGAUGAUUGUGGCUCUCAAACAACCUCGGCUCACAUUCAGGACUGCCAAAUAGAUGAAAAACCUUCCCCAUCUGACUCAGAUGAGGAAACCCAACCUUUGACUCCUCAGGAGCUUGACGAAGGCAGUCCUGUGUCACCAUUGCUAAAUAAUGACAGUGGAUUGGAUAAACAAGAAAUGGAGACAUGCUCAGCCAGGUCAGAGGGCCAAGUCAAACAGACCACCAAAAUAACCGACUUCUUUUCAGGAUGGUCAUCCUCAUCGGGUUUACCAGUAAGACGAGGGAAGAAAGAUCAAUCUUCAGAGAAACAGGACACAAAAGCUAACUCUGAUGCUGACAAGCCUGAUGUGAAAUGGAUGGGGACCCCUAUAAAUGAGCUGAAGAGAAUGCCUGACUGUGGCGGACCACUUCCUCCUCUUAAGAAUGUUCCUGGCCAGCACACUGUGAUGAUAAGGACAGACCUGCUCAGGAGUGGUAAAGUACCUGUUCCAUAUCCAACUAGGUUCAUGGACACCUGGGAUGAUGCUCAUGUGAAGAUGCCCUGUUCUAGUAUGAGUCUUUUCCCUGUGGAAGAUGAGAAAACUCUGGAGCUGCAGAACAAAAGCCGAUGGGAGUUGAUCAAGGAAACUUUAAACAAGAAAUUCUCAAGUCCUCAUGAGUUGAAGAAUGCCAUUUUGAGAUACAAUGCCUCAAAUGCGAAGAAAUGGGACUUCACUGCUUUAUGUUUGUACUGCAUAAAGGUCCUGGAGCCUGAUGAGGCCGAACAUCUGUUUGACUCCCUGCUGCCAGACAUGGUGCAAUUAGCACUGAGAGCAUCUGAGCUCUGCACCAAGCCGAUACCCCUUCUCAAGGAAGGCAUGAACCACUCCAUCACCAUGUCUCAGGAGCAGGUGGCAUGUCUGCUUGCCAACGCCUUCUUCUGCACCUUCCCCCGCCGUAACUCCGGGAGGUCUGAGUACCACAACUAUCCGGCCAUCAACUUUGUCAGACUGUUUGAGGGAUCCUCAUCAAGAAAGAUUGAGAAGCUGAAAACCCUGAUGUGCUAUUUCAAAAGUAUCACUGAGAAAAAGCCUACUGGACUUGUAACAUUUACACGGAAGAGCUUGGAUAAACCUCCAAGUUGGAAAAGCUCGCAAACUUCACUCACAAAGCUCCACAUAACGUGUGAAGGGACCAUUGAAGAUGAUGGUUAUGGAAUGCUUCAGGUGGAUUUUGCCAAUCAGUUUGUUGGAGGAGGAGUCACCAGUUCAGGUUUAGUGCAAGAGGAAAUCCGUUUCCUGAUCAACCCUGAGCUUAUCGUUUCUCGCCUCUUCACUGAAGCCCUGGAUGAUAACGAAUGUCUGAUCAUCACAGGUACACAACAGUACAGUAAAUACACAGGCUAUGCUCAGACCUACAAAUGGAAUGGCAGCCACCAGGACACAACCCCAAGAGAUAGCUGGCAGAGAAGAUGCACAGAGAUCGUUGCCAUUGAUGCGCUGCAGUUCAAGAGCUUUCUUGGACAGUUCCAUCCACAGAGAAUCAACCGGGAACUCAAUAAGGCUUACUGUGGCUUUGCUCGCCCUGACGAUCAAAGCCAGAACCUCGCAGCUGUUGCCACAGGGAACUGGGGCUGUGGAGUUUUUGGUGGCGACACACGUCUGAAAGCUCUGCUCCAGAUGCUGGCAGCUGCUGAGGCGGGCCGAGAUGUUGCCUACUUCACCUUUGGUGACAGCAAGCUCAUGACAGAUGUCCACAACAUGCACACUUUCCUCACUCAGAGGAAGAUCAGUGUUGGGGAGGUGUACGGUCUCCUGGGGCAGUACUACAACUCAGUGUGUAAGAGCUGCCUUGGUCGGCGCCCUGACGUCAGCCUCUACUCCUUCAUCUACCAACAGGUCAGCUCCACCCCGGCGCCAGAUGAGUCCGACGGGGGCUUGGCCAGACAACACGUCCCCUCAGACAGCAGUUAAGGUCAUGUGGCUGAUGAGUCACCGUGCCUUAUUGUUGGAAAAACAUGACUUUUACCAAAUUAAAACCCUAAUUCUGC